AUGGCUAUAUCAGCGACGUGGAUUAGGAAUAAUAUGCUGCUCACAUGUGACCAAUACAAGCUUUCCAUACCAGAAUGGUACUUGAACAAACGUUCGAAUCCACCAAAAAUAUUAAACGUCCAGCCGUUCGAGUCUCGACCGCCAUCGUGGAAAAGUGUUUCUAGAUAUGACUACACAUUAAAUUCAACUUCUAAUCUGUCAGAACGAAAGAACAACAACAUUGCAGAAACGACGACAACUGUCGACAAAUCUUCUCGCCUGCAGAAGUCUCCAGAAACUAGGCACAAAAGGUCACCAUCAAAGUCUUCAACCAAGAAAGAAGCCUUCGACACGACGAUCCCUCGUGUGAAGCUGUCAACGAACAUCAGUAAAACGUUUCCUAAAGUCUCACCAUCCAGAAAGAUCCAGAAUAUAAACCUGGUCUUCCCACCAGGACCAAAACUUGACUUGAACAAUUACAAAAAUACUGAAGAUUCCAAAUACAACACAUUUGUUUUAAAGAAGAAACCCACUGACACUGAUAAGAAGAUUAACAACAAUUCCAGCAAGAAUAAUGCAACUUCAAAGAAGAGGAAUGACAACCUCGAGAUUUCAGAUAUUGUGACAACUCCAUUACGAACACCAAACCUGAAGGCUAACUUUAAAAUGAGGGCAGCAUCUACACCAAAAUUCUCUCCAGCUAAUUUCUUCUCAUCUACCAUCAUAGAGGAAUCUCCAAAAAUAAAGAAGAUCCCUUCUGAGAGCAUUCUGGAGAAGUCUUUCAUCUUCGAAAGCAGUUCAAAGUCGAAUCUGUCUGACAGCUUCAUGGACAAGUCAGAAAGUGCACCAAAGCAACGAAAAAUUUCUCAGAAUCUCCUGGAGAAGACUUUCAUCUUUGAAAACAGCUCUAGGAUGGAUCAAUCUUGCCAGAGCUGUGACGAAACGCCAGCAAAGAUAAACAAAACGAACUGGCUGCUGGAAAGGAACAUCAGAUUAAUUGAGCCUCUAUUAUUUGAAAAAGAUGAUACAGCUCUUUCCCCACUAAAGUCUUCCUCUGUGGUCCGUGACAUUGUGAAGAGGAUAGAAGUUUCAAAAAACCCUUUGAAUACACCAAAAAAGAAUAGAAUCAGUGUCCAAGAUAUUAAGAAGAUAAAUGUUGAACCUAAUAAUUUAGUUACCACGAUUCAAGAAAGGAAAUUUCAAUUUGAGUCUAUGUGUCCUCCUUUUCUUCUGCAACAAAAGCAGAUGAACCAGAAGUCACUAUCUCCAUACACCAGAUUCCUGAAUUCUAAGAGAAAAUCCACUGAUUUGGAGAAUGUAGUGAGGAGUAAGCAGCCUCCUAAGGAAAAAAGUGUCAUUCAAGGACUCAUAGAAACUCUGACAGCAAAACUGAGCAAAUCUUGCCUGUCUCAGCAGAGUGAGUCUAUGAAAAUUAACCAGAACUUUGUGAAAAAAGUGGUAAAUGCAUUAGAGAAGGGUGACUCUUCAGGAAUUGAAGAUUUAACAUUAACCAGGAAGACUUUUAUGAAUGAAGAGGACAGUUCCAGCGAAUCUGAGAUUAAAUCCUGCACAACAUCAGCCUCCCUAAAGGACACAGAUAGCAGCACUGAUUCUGAGCAGAUAUCUCCCAAUCUAAGAAGUGAUGAGGACAACACAUUCAAUGAUGAUACCUUGGAGAUUAAACAGGUGUUGAAAGCUGACCAAAAAACUCUCCAGGAUGAUGAUUCUGUUUACUGGAUACCAGUAUCCAGGUGCAAACUGCCAAGAACCAGUUCCCUCUUAAGCAUGAUGUCCAGAUUGUCCAGCAAUGGCCAAUCUCCAUGCGUAAGUCCAAUUAGAAGCGAAUAUGAAGUGGACAAUUCACCAAAGGCAGCUUGGGGAGCCACUUUUCAGAGAAACACUGGUUUAGCAAGGAAACUGUUCAGGAUUGAUGAAACUACAGUAAUUGAUUCAGGAUAUUCUGAUAAAUCCGAAAAAUCUGGAGUCAGUUCUGGAUCUUCAAUAGUGGACAGUACCUGGUCUGAAGAUACGCAGAACGAUUCUGGAUCAGAAAUUGUAGCUGCAAGGAUGAAGAGGUCCUCUAGGAGGAAGUCAAUUAUUGGACAAACCUAUGUGUUUUAA